GCUCUGUGCGCAUGUGCGAAGGUGUCCAAACUGACAAUGCUGGGGAGAUGAAGAUAGUGUGUAGCUGCUUCUGGGCUCAAGGAGGAGGAGAGGAAUCCACACGCCGACACGAUGAGAUCCAAGGCGAGGGCGAGAAAACUGCCCAAAAGUGACAGCGAGAUUGUAAAUAAUAUGUACGAGACCGACCCCGAUCUCCUUGCUGGCGAAAGCGCAGAGGAGGAAACUGAGGACAGUAUAAUGUCCCCCAUCCCUGUGGGACCUCCGUCACCCUUUCCCACCAGUGAGGACUUCACUCCCAAGGAGGGCUCACCCUAUGAAGCUCCCGUCUACAUUCCUGAUGACAUUCCAAUCCCACCAGAUUUUGAACUCAGAGAAUCUUCGAUCCCAGGGGCAGGGCUAGGGAUUUGGGCCAAAAAGAAGAUUGAAGUUGGGGAAAGAUUUGGACCCUAUAUGGCAGUACAGAGGAGCACAUUAAAGGAAACAAACUUUGGAUGGGAGCAAAUACUGACUGAUCCCGAGGUGACCUCCCAGGAGGGCAGUAUAAAAAAGAUUCCCGAUGCCCUGGGCACUGAGAAGUUCUGUGGCGACGGCGGCCAGGGCGGGGCCGGGAACUGGCUGAAGUACAUCCGAGUGUCGUGCUCCUGCGACGAGCAGAACCUGGCAGUGUGCCACAUCAACGAGCAGGUCUAUUAUAAAGUUAUUAAAGAGAUCGAGCCGGGAGAAGAGCUCCUGGUGUGCCUGAAGGAAGGAGGUUAUUCCCUCGGGAACAUGGCACCCAGCAUGGAAGAGGAGCCCUCGUUCCGCUGCGAGGACUGCGAUGAGCUGUUCCAGUCCAAGCUGGACCUGCGGCGCCACAAGAAGUACGGCUGCAGCGCCGUGGGGGCCCUGUACGACAGCCUCAGUGACGAGAUCAAGCAGGAAGGCCUUGGAGAUGGACAGGUCCACGAGUGCAAGGACUGCGAGAGGAUGUUCCCCAAUAAAUACAGCCUGGAGCAGCACAUGGUGAUCCACACCGAGGAGAGGGAGUACAAGUGUGACCAGUGUCCCAAGGCUUUCAACUGGAAAUCCAACCUGAUUCGUCACCAGAUGUCUCACGACAGUGGGAAACGGUUUGAAUGUGAAAACUGUGUUAAGGUGUUUACGGACCCCAGCAACCUCCAGCGGCACAUCCGCUCGCAGCACGUGGGCGCGCGGGCCCACGCCUGCCCCGACUGCGGCAAGACCUUCGCCACCUCCUCGGGCCUCAAGCAGCACAAGCACAUCCACAGCACUGUCAAACCUUUCAUAUGUGAGGUCUGUCACAAAUCCUACACGCAGUUCUCCAACCUGUGCCGCCACAAGCGGAUGCACGCGGACUGCCGCACCCAGAUCAAGUGCAAGGACUGCGGGCAGAUGUUCAGCACUACCUCCUCCCUCAACAAGCACCGGCGCUUCUGCGAGGGCAAGAACCAUUACAGCCCCGCCGGCAUCUUCGCCCCCGGCCUCCCCCUCACGCCCACCUCCAUGAUGGACAAAUCCAAGCCCUCUCCCAACCUCAACCACGCCAGCCUGGGCUUUAACGAGUAUUUCCCAUCCCGCCCGCACCCGGGCGGGCUCCCGUUCUCGCCCACACCCCCAGCCUUCCCCGCCCUCACCCCGGGAUUCCCGGGAAUUUUUCCGCCCUCUCUGUACCCCAGGCCUCCCUUGUUACCACCCACGCAACUGCUCAAAAGUCCCCUCAACCACACUCCGGACGCGAAGCUCCCCAGCCCCCUCGGGAACCCGGCACUCCCGCUGAUCUCCGCAGUGAGCAACAGCAACCAGGCCCCUUCAGGGGAGGAGAAAUGUGAAAGCAGCCUGGAAAACUCCUACCUGGAGAAGCUAAAAGCCAGGAACAGUGACAUGUCCGAUGGCAGUGACUUUGAGGAUGUCAAUACAACCACGGGCACGGAUCUGGACACCACGACUGGCACCGGCUCUGACCUGGACAGUGACGCGGAGAGUGACAGGGACAAAACGAAAGACAAGAGCAAACAAAUGGAGACCAAGCCAGAUUUCGUCAGCAGCUCGGUGUCUGCCAGUUCCACCAACGCCACGAGCGAGAUCCCUCUCUUCUAUUCUCAGCAUUCCUUCUUUCCUCCCCCCGAGGAGCACCUGCUGCCCACCACGGGGGCAGCCAAUGACUCAAUUAAAGCUAUCGCCUCCAUCGCAGAGAAGUAUUUUGGGCCUGGCUUUAUGGGGAUGCAGGAGAAAAAGAUGGGUUCGCUCCCGUACCAUUCCAUGUUCCCCUUCCAGUUCCUCCCCAAUUUUCCCCACUCCCUCUACCCUUUCACGGAGCGGACCCUCAAUCACAACUUGCUGGUCAAGGCAGAACCAAAGUCACCCAGGGACCUCCACAAAGUCGGCGGCACAAGCUCGGAGUCCCCCUUCGAUCUCACCACGAAGCCAAAAGAGAUUAAGCCAAUCCUGCCGCCCCCCAAGGUCCUCCCAGCCCCGUCCUCAGGGGAGGAGCAGCCACUGGAUCUGAGCAUUGGCAACCGCAUCCGAGCCAGCCAGAACGGAGGGAGAGAGCCACGGAAAAACCACAUUUAUGGGGAGAGGAAGCUGAUGGCAAGUGAGGUCUUACCUAAGAUUUCCCAGUCCCAGCUGCCUCAGCAGCCUUCCCUGCACUACGCUAAGCCAUCGCCCUUUUUCAUGGACCCCAUCUACAGCAGGGUGGAGAAGCGGAAGGUGACAGACCCCGUGGGUGCCCUCAAGGAGAAGUACCUGCGACCCUCCCCGCUGCUUUUUCACCCCCAGAUGUCGGCCAUCGAGACGAUGACAGAGAAACUGGAGAGCUUUGCAGCCAUGAAGGCCGACUCUGGCUCGUCCCUGCAGCCCCUUCCCCACCACCCCUUCAACUUCCGAUCGCCGCCGCCCACGCUCUCCGACCCCAUCCUGCGCAAGGGCAAGGAGCGCUACACCUGCAGGUACUGUGGCAAGAUCUUCCCACGCUCAGCCAACCUGACGAGGCAUCUGCGGACACACACUGGAGAGCAGCCUUACAGGUGUAAAUACUGUGACAGGUCAUUCAGCAUUUCCUCCAACCUGCAGCGGCACGUCCGGAACAUCCACAACAAGGAGAAGCCAUUCAAGUGCCACCUGUGCAACAGGUGCUUCGGGCAGCAGACCAACCUCGACAGGCACCUGAAGAAGCACGAGCACGAGAACGUUCCAGUGAGCCAGCACUCCGGAGUCAUCACCAACCACCUCGGGACCAGCGCCUCCUCCCCCAACUCGGAAUCAGACAACCAUGCACUUUUAGACGAAAAAGAGGAUUCCUAUUUCUCGGAAAUCAGAAAUUUUAUUGCAAAUAGCGAGAUGAAUCAAGCGUCAGCUUUAGCAGAUAAAAGGCCAGAAAUCCAGGAUAUUGACAGCAAUUCCCAGUGCCAUGGACUGGCAAAUGAGAAAACAGAAGAUGUGGAUGAUGAGGACGAAGAACUGGAAGAGGAAGAUGACGACAGCCUGACGGGGAAGUCCCAGGACGAGACGGCAUCGCCCACGGCAGAGCCCCGAGGAGCAUUCGAGGAUGAGGAGGAUGAGGAGCCCACGUCUCUCACCAUGAGCUUUGACCACACCCGAAGGUGUAUUGAGGAGGACGAAGCCGGCCUGUUAGAUUUGGAGCAGAUGCCGAAUUUUGGGAAGGGGCUGGAUCUCCGCAAAGCAGCCGAGGAAGCAUUUGAAGUUAAAGAUGUGUUUAAUUCCACCUUAGACUCUGAGACAAUAAAACAGACUCUGUACAGGCAGGCUAAAAACCAGGCUUAUGCAAUGAUGCUGUCCCUGUCUGAGAACGCUCCCCUCCACACGUCCUCCCAGAACUCUCUGGGGGCUUGGUUGGACAUGGCAGGAGCAGCUUCAGAGUCGGGGACCUUUAACCCCAUCAACCACCUCUGAGAGGUCCACAAGGCACUGGCCGGAGCCCAGGCGAGGCGGCAGUGGUGCUGCAGCCAUCCCAGCAAAAUCCCAGCGAGCAGAAGAUGGAUGAGAGGGCCUCAGGGAGUCGUCUGGACUUUGGGCUGAGAAGGAAACCUGUCGCAUCCGACCUACACGUCCUGCAUUUUUAUCUCUCCAGAGUUUUCCUUUCUAAUUUAUCGGAAUGAACCUCUCCCAAACUGGAUAACGCUGAAGCAGCCCCAGGAUUUCAUGAGCAAGACACGAAUUGCAACAGUGCAAUCAAAGAUUGGCCCCUCCAACCUUCCAAACCGGUGCCACUGAGCCAGCACAGCCGGAGCAGGAGCGACAGCUUGGAACCCCACGGCAGCAUUUCCUUCCCAUCCAGCUGAAUGGUGAAGCACCACGGGAAGAGAGCCAGGUGUGACCUGUCCCUGGUGCAAUUCUGGCACAGCCACUGGAGUUAUACCAGGGAAGGGCGAAUUCAACCCAUUUAACUGAACCCCCCCCAAAAGAAUUCAGAAUUCUGCGCUCCCACAGAAACAUCAUCCUGUCUUUUGUCCCCAGCCAAACAUUGGCAAAGCUCCUCCAAGGUGAGGCCACGUUGCCUGCGGUCGUCACGAGCCACAUGCAGCUCCCAGCUGAGACAUCUCCAGCCUGGAACCCUGCUGAGGUUGGGGUGACACAUGUGCCACGUGGAUCAUCAGCUGUGCCCUGAGCAAGGCUGGGACAGCUCCCUGCCCCUCCUGGUACCUGUGAGCCCAGCAUGGGCUGGGAGUGCUGGGACAGAGCCAUGCUCAGCCAGGGUGGUGGAGCUCCCGGAAAUGCUUGGAUUUCCCCAAGCAGAGAGGCCACGGGGUAAAGCCUUCCCCAGCUUUAAGGAAAUGUGUGCUGGGAGAGCCUCGCCUCAGCCGGGGCAGCUGGGACACGUCUGCUCUGCCGGGGGUUUCAGGGUGCCCUCACCCCGUGCCGAUGGUAUCUGUGGCACAGGUCUCUGAUUCACACUGUUGGUUUGGCCUGGUUUUCCCUCUGCACCGCCCGCUGCUGCUUGGCCUGUAAUUUAAGUAGAAAGAGGAACUUUUCCAUGCUCCAGCAGCCUGAGGGGUGCAGAGCUCUGCCUGAGCACAGAGAUAAGAAUCUGGUUGUGGCUCUGAUUCUAAAAUUGCUCACAGAGAUUUUAUGAAUGAUUUCGAAUCACUGCAUCUUCUCUGCUGAUACACAGCAGCCUCCACAAAUCCUGUGGGCUUCGUGCUGUUCUCCAUUGCAACUCCCAUCUGCUGCUGGAGCAGGGAAUUUGGAGACGACAUUCCUUUAUGGAAUGGUUAGGAAAGCCAUGGAAAAGGGCAGAUGGAGGGUUCUAAGCCAGUCCAGUGUGGGAAGCCUCAUUCCAGGAGGCCAAAACAACGGAACCAGCUCCCUGAGCAAAGCAGAGUUGGAGUUGGGUGCGACACCUUUGCGAGUCAGCUUGGCACCCAAGAGCACAGGUGAGGCUGAUUUUGGGGAGCCUCAGAGGGCCCCCACAGGAAAGUGUCUGGGGUGGCUUUGGUACAGAGGGAACAAAAGGUAAAUUAGCAGCAUCAGUGUGUUUCCCAGGAAAAUUUACCCUCCCCUUUUUGGUUUUCCACAACAUCCUGUGAAAGUGCCCAAGGCUCUGAGAGCACCAGGCAGUGUGACCGAACUGCUUCUCGUAUUUGCACAAAGCUCCUGGGCAGGUAGAGCCUGAGAGCCGACCCUGCCGGAGGAAUCCCGGCUCUGCAGAGGAGAGGGACAGCCCUGUCCCCUCCUGUCCCCUCCCAUCCCAUCCCAUCCCAUCCCAUCCCAUCCCAUCCCAUCCCCACUCCAGCGGCUGCAGCACAGCCCUGCCCAGGCGCUUGGCCUUUAAAUUAUUCCCACAGGGGCCAACUGAAAAUAAUAAAAGGAUUGUUUCUUUUCCUGAUGGAAUUUAUUUUAAUCUGUAUAUAACUUGUAAUUUUUGGGCUAAUUCCUUUCUUAUUUUAUUUCUUCCUUAACAGUAUUUUUUUUUGCAUUAGAUACCAUUCUUGUGAAGAAAUCAUGUUAAUAGAAGUAUGUAGUGAAGGACCAAAAUCGUGUUGUCAGGGUUGGAUGGUGGAUAAGCAGGGAGCAGGAAGAUUUUGUCCAUGUGCCAAAUGACCCCAGUCAGUGCUGCUGCCGAUUCUCCAGACAAUCAUCCCUCGGCUUCCCUGUGCCUUGAACUUCCUGGGGCCCUGGAGGAAGGUUCCAGUGACUGGGAGCAGCACAGGAGGAGGAGGAGGCCAGUGGAGAUGCUCUGCCUCGAUGGCCCUGCUCCAGGAGAACAUGGAAACGGCCUUAACCAUGGGGAUAGAUCCAUCCUGUCCCAUUCCAGCUGCAGCUCCGUGACUCCUGGCAGCUGCUCGGAGCAAACCACGUGUCUGAGCAUCUCUCUGGUAGGGCUGUGGCACUGCCUGCCGUGCUGGAACAGGAUCUGUGGGCAGCAGGGAGUGUUUGUGUGCCCUGAGCCAUGGUUUGCUCAUCCUUGAAGAAACCUUAGGGCAGGUCAGCACUGCACUCCUCAGCACAGGGAGGUGACAGAGCAGCCAAGGGAGCGGCACUGAGCUGGACACCAAAAUGUGGGCCAGUAUUAAGGAAUGCAAGUGUUACUGUGGGGAUUUUUUGGGGGUAUUUAUGGUCUCCCCACCCCUCUCUCAGCCCUGCUGCCAGUUGUGUCAUUUCUCCAGAAGCAGUUGGUCAGGUCCUUGCUCUGACUGAGCUCAUGCUGUCGCUGUUCCCCUCCCUGGGUUCAUCCUGGCUCCCCAUGGAUCUCCUGAGGGCCCCUGGCCAGGGAUAGGGAGGUAUUAUCCAGCCAGGGAUUGAGGACAUUAAAAAUAUAGGGCUUAAAAUCAUGAAAUGAUUUUUUUUUUCCCUUUCCAUAUUUCCUAUUUCAGUUUCCUCCCCAUUUUCUCUAGGUUAUGUUGUAGAAUCUCCUGACUCCUCUAAUUUAGCACUGAUUACAAGCUUUGUAAUUUGAUUUUUCCAGUUAAGAUAAAGAAACAGGAAGCCUCACUGAACCUCUGUUAAUCUCUACCUUUCACUGGAUUGCACUUGAAACGUGCUGCAGCUCAGAGCAGGUGUGGAGGUUUUGUUUUGCUGCUUUAGCAGAGAAUCUCGUCUUUUCAAGGCUGUUUCCCGAGAGGUUUGUGUCCAGGAUGUUCUGCCAUCUGAGCACUGCUGGCUUCCCAGUGCCAGGGAAGCUCUGGGAGCUUUGGUGAGACGUGGAGCUGUGGUGUCCAACCCCAUGGACACACUGUGCUCGGGAUCCAGGGCAGGUGAGGGUGGCAGGGAUGGGAAGUGGCUGCGGUGUGUCCGGUAGCCAGGGCACCGCUCCAGGUGUGGUUUAAACCCAGAGCUUUGUGUAGGAUCUAUUUAUUUAAAGUAUUUUCACAGCUACAACAGCACAGAGGAGAGAAAGGAGAAGCCCUGGGGAUUUUUGGAGUGGUCAGGUGGGGCUGGGAGCUGCGCAGGGCUGAAGUGUCGGUGCUCUGUGAAGGGCCCUCGCUUUGGCCAGAGCUGGAUCUUCCUGCCUGAGUCAGUCAGGGAGGAGGACGUGGGUCUGGUGUCUGUGCAUUCCCUGCUUCCCAGCAGCUCAGAGCUCGUGGCUGGUCCUGGUGUGAUCACUGUGGCUGGAGCAGGCAGCUGGGAGCUCUCCAGUGGGAUGCACUGAGGUUCUCCCGCAGGAUGUGCUGAGGUGCCAGGUCCUACAGGACACGUUGAGGCACCCAGUUCUCCUGCUGGGGUGCUGGGUUCUUCCCUGGGACGUGCCCUUUGGUACUCAGGCUGCUCUGGGUGGGUGCCUUUCCAAGGUGCCCCACACCGCCAGGUCCUGCCUGGCCGGGCGCCACGGGGACGUCGAUGGGGACCCCAAACCCAAACGGGGCCCAACAGCGAACACCAGCCGGGUGUGCUCAGCUGUCCAGGGACAAACACCCUGCUGGGGUCCUGUCCUCCUUCAGACAGUGCAGAGGAAGCUUUGCCCCCUCCCCAAUCAGCACUUAGCCGCUCGUGGGAGCAGCCCCUCGCCGCCGUGGCGCGGACGGAGCCUUUCGAAAGCACUUGCACAAAGAGGUGAACGAGUUCGACUCUAAGCAUCAAAGCACUGGAUCGUGAGCCCCCCGUGCCCCCACCCAGGUCAAUCUGCUGACUCUACACUCGGUUUUUAUGUGCUGUACUCUGUUUGUGUGUGUGUGUGUGGCGGGGGCCGGGGGGCAGCGCUGAGGACCCUGCCCGUGGUCAGUGCUGGGGACCCUGCCCGUGGUCAGUGCUGGGGACCCUGCCCGUGGUGACAGGGCCAUCCCCGAGGGCAGGAGUGGCGUGGCUCGGGUCAGUGCUGGAAACACGAGGGCAAAACCCUCUGCUCCUCGCCGGUGGUCAGUAGUGUUCUCACAAAGCCAUGAAACUUCUCCGUAGUGUUGAGUGAAACUGUGACUAAAACAUUCUUGAAUGAUUCCGAGGUUCCUUUUUUUCUCUUUCUUCUGUCGUUAAUUCUUAUUACCACUUUGGAAGAAGAAAUUUAAAGAAAAGGAAAAAAAAAAAAAAAAAAAAAAAGAACGAAGAAAAAAAAAAAGGCAGCUUUGAUUUUCCAAAUGUGCAAUUCACAUGUGAACAAAGUAAUUCUGAAAGUAAUUCUCAGUGUAUUUUACAUUCUCGUUGCUCUCUUCAAAGCAAGAGAUGUUUUGCCCUGAUGUCAUUUCCAGCCUGCAGAAGAUGUAAUUUAAAACAUAUAUAUAUUGUGCUUGCAAGAAUCAUAAAUCUGUGCAUCCUAUGUCAUUCCUUUUCCCAUUGUUACAAUACAGAUAUGAUUUAGGUUGGAUUUUUUUUUUCCUUUAGACCUGUAUAGUGUUUUUUUAAAUCAAUUGUAAAUGUCUGGUUUUCAUAUAAUGUUUAAAAAACAUUGAGAAAGAGGAUGGUGCUUGUUCCAUAUCAUUCUUGAUUGUAUAUUGCUUCUGUUAUGUUUAUAAGUAAACUGUGCAUGACUUGUGUUUAGCAGUCAUUAUUGUGUCCGUUUGUGAAAUUUUUAUUAAGAAGAAAAAAAUUCCGUAGAUGCACUUAUUGUAUAUGUGAUUAGAUUUUGCGUCCGAGGCUCGAAGCCUCGAACUGCCAAGGAAGAAAGAAAAAAGUGUUGGCAGUUAUUAAUUAAUAUGGAAUCGCUUUGUUGGGAGCAUAAUGAAAUAAGAGAUAUGACGUGUAGAAAAUAAUUAAAAAAAAAAAACAAAAAGGCAAUUUUACAAAUUUCAUUUUGAUGCUUGUGAUAAAAGACAAAUGUACUUGUGUAGAGAAAUUCCUUUAAAAUAAUGAAUAGAAAAAGCUGAUUUUGAGGUUAAUGCUGUAGAAUAGGAAUGUAUACCAAAUGUAAUCUUUCCAAUGCUACAAUGAAUUUAUACAUGAGAUUGAUAUGCAAUAAACCUGUGUGCUUUUAUAA